AUGUUCGCCACAAGAUCAAUUGCUCGCCAGGCCUUCUCAUUGUCUAAGCGAUCUCAGAUUCGCUGGGUAUCAUCUUUGGAGGGCAACCCACACAUAUACGUCUUCCCCAACAAGGACGCCUCAAAUGGAAGUCACAUUCUCUCUUUGCUUCCAUCCGAUCCUGUCAACCCAGAGCUAGCUAUCGGAGUCUCGACCAAGCUGCCACCCACCACAGAUUCAUUCACAGAGAACCCCAAGUUCCUCGGCACACUUCAAGAAGUGGUAUCCAAACAUGCGCAUGAGGAUCCGGAUGCCAAAUCGCAGGCGCAGGUCAUGGCAUCAACCUCCGGAGCGAACCUGAGCUCCGGCGGCGUGCUCCUGACCGGGCAGCGAGGCAGGAGACGCCGCGCAGAAACUGGCGACUCCAGUGGCGGAGCCAGUGGUCAAGGCGGUGCGGGAUCGGGGGGUAGAGGCGGCUGGAUCCAUAUAUCCGAUAGCAGGCGGCCGCCUGAAUUUGGAAGAAUCGCUUGGCCGGAAGAUAUAUUUGGAAGCCUGGAGGUGGAUGGGAACGGUCAGUUUGCUGGCGGCGGUGGGAACUAUCAACCGAGUGGCACUUACAGAAUUGUGACUCGGGAUGGAAUUUUGGGAUUGAGCCCUUUUCUUCGAGAAAAGCUGGUGCAAAGACUACGCGAACUGGAGAAGAAAUAG